AAUCUUCUUGCUUUGGAUUAUGUGAAGGUGACGUUGGAAGAUGAGAAGAUAUUGGUUAUAAGGAGCAAUGGGAAGAGGAAGAGGGAUGAAGGAGAGGAGGAAGGUUGUAAGUAUCUGAGGCUGGAGAGGAAGUUGUUGGCGCCGCUGAGGUUUACAAGGAAGUUUCGGCUGCCGGAGGAUUCGAAUCCUUUGGGGAUAACGGCUAAGUGUGAGGAUGGUGUGCUGACGGUGGUGGUGGAGAAGCUUCCGCCGCCGCCGGAGGUGAAGAAAUUGGCGGUGGUGGUUGAUUGAGGGGAAGGGAGGAGUUGGUAUUUGUAGCUUUGUAGUGAUGUUAGUGAUGUUUAUGGUUGCUAUGAUGGAGCUUUUUUGGAUUUUAUUUUUGUUCUUUUGUUAAUGUUAGAUGCUAUUACUCUGUUCGCUUUCUGAUUUUGAAGAUUUU